GUGCUUCGAAAUAGUCUCCACCAAAUCUAAUCCAAAUUUAAUCCAUCAAAAUGGUUUUCAAGCUUUGCAUCCUGGCUGCCCUCGCGACCGUAGCUAGCUGCGGCUACGCUAGCUCCUCAGCUUACGUGACGUCCUCUCCAUCGCACGGCCCCGCAGCGUUGUCUUACGGAAGUUACGGCCACGAGUCUUACCCCAACACGCACCCCGCCUACAAGUUCGCCUACAACGUCCACGACCCGCACACCCACGACGUGAAGGCCCAGGAAGAGACCCGCGACGGACACCACGUCAAGGGCUUCUACUCCCUCUACGAGGCUGACGGUAGCAAGCGCGUUGUCCACUACGCCGACAACGGUCACGGAUUCGAAGCUACCGUCCACAAGGAGGGUGGUCACCACCCCGUCUCCGCCCCCGUCUACUUCGCCCCGUCCCCGUCGCCCGCCUACCACGCUGCUCCAGUCUACGAAAAGUACGCCUAAAACCACCCUGUCAUCCAAA